CGUCGGCGCGUCGCAGCUCGGUGGGACGGCUCGGUUCUGCUCUCGGGCCGAACCGGAGCCGCUGACGGUGCGACAGCAGAGCGACGGAAUCAGGUUCGGUACCGGAAACAUACCGGAAACACGGGUUUAACGGGGGAAGUGUGUGAAAGUGGAGCAGACUGAACUUUAACCGCAGAGGGACGUUCAGGGAACAUGGUACUCCUGUUAAAACAAAAUGUAAAAAGGAAAAAAAAAGGCGGAUCAUCCUGAACGACCCCCGGAGGAGGAACGCUCUGUCUCUGGCCAUGCUGGAGUCACUCAGAGGAAACCUGCUGGAAGACCUGCACAGCCACGAGCUGCGGGUGGUCAUCAUCUCAGCUCGAGGUCCGGUGUUUUCUUCUGGUCACAACCUGAAGGAGUUGACGUCCGCUCAGGGCCGAGAGUAUCACACCAAGGUGUUUGACACCUGUGCAGAGGUGAUGACUCUGAUUCAAGACUUACCUGUCCCGGUGAUCGCCAUGGUGAACGGCAUCGCCACGGCGGCCGGUUGCCAGCUCGUCGCCAGCUGUGACGUCGCCGUGGCGACGGAGACGUCCACCUUCGCCACGCCGGGCGUGAACGUCGGUCUGUUCUGCUCCACGCCGGCGGUGGCCAUCGGCAGAGCGGUGCCACGGAAGGUCGCCAUGGAGAUGCUGAUAACGGGCACCCCCAUCUCGGCCCACAAUGCUUUGCUGCACGGCUUGAUCAGCCGAGUGGUGCCGGAGGAGCGCCUGGAGGAGGAGACGCUGGCCAUCGCCCGCCGGGUGUGUCAGGCCAGCCGGUCCGUGGUCGCCCUCGGCAAGGCCACCUUCCAGAGACAAAUGGCUCAAGGUCGAGACGCGGCGUACGCCACCGCCUCCAAGGUCAUGGUGGACAACCUGGCGCUGAGGGACGGGCAGGAGGGGAUCCGGGCCUUCAUCGAGAAGCGCCGGCCGGUGUGGAGCAACACGGAGGAAAAGGCCCACGACUGACCAGCCGCUGAACCAUUGUGUGCCCCGAAAGCUGCCGGAGAACCAUUGUGUGCCCCGAAAGCUGCCGGAGAACUAUUGUGUGCCCCGAAAGCCGCCGAUUAGGAGUCCAGAUGUGUAUAAAUUCGGAAAAAAUGCUGAUCUCCGUAAUUUGUAUAAUUGUAUAAAUGCAAUAAAUAAUGUUACAAUUAAUAGAUAAACAAUUAAUCAAGCUAAUUGUUUUUUCAGAUUAAUUGAUGACAACAAUAA